AUGAGUCAACAACAAUACUAUCAACAAGGACCUCCACAACAGCAGGGCUAUUAUCAACAGGGUCCACCACAACAACAAGGCUAUUAUCAGCAGGGUCCUCCUCAGCAACAAGGUUACUACCAACAACAGCAACAACCAAUAUACGUCCAACAAGCUCCACAAAAGGAAGAAAGUAGUUGUUGGAGUACCUGUUUCAAGACGAUGCUUUGUUGUUGUAUUCUUGAGAUGUGUUGUUCUCAAUAA